AUGCCUCCAGAGAUUCGUACCAUUGGUGCCGACGAUCGAGCACGGCUUUUGGUCGAAUGCAAACGACAGCGACGUGCGAUGCGACCGGAACGAUUCAUAGACGCCAUUUUCAAUAAUGAGCUUCGCGACAUUGUGAACGGAGCUCUAUCACCAAGCAGGAUGCCCUACUGGGACGCCAGCUGGGAUUUGCGGUUGCCGCAACCGGCGGAUUCAGUUCUGUUUAGCAAGAAUUUCUUUAUGAAUGCUAUACCACGACGAAGACGACGACGACGGGUUGGAGAGAAGAAGAUGAGAGAAACGUGA